AAACCGCGAAAGAAGCUUUUCGUCUUUGACCCCACGGUCGGCAGCUUUUUAGCUAGUAACGUUAGUUAACAAACGUUAGGUGUAUCCGUAGGCGACAGGAUGGGUGUAUCAGAUUUACAAUUCGAUACAAAUGCAGGAGCUGUGGUGGAUCUCUCGGCCAGGGGUUUGCUAAAGCUGGAUCAGAGUUUCACCUGCUCAGAGGACACACACACUCUCAUCCUGGACCGUAACAACAUAAUGAAACUGGACCAUCUGGAAAGGAGCCCAGGCCUUCAGCAGCUAUCUGUAGCCAGUAACCGUUUGGUGAGAAUGAUGGGCGUUUCUCAGCUAACAGAGUUGACAGUCCUCAAUCUUCCAAAUAACAGUAUUGGAUACAUCGAGGGGCUCCGAGACCUGCCUCAUCUCAAAUGGCUGAACCUCUCUGGGAACAACAUUAAAGUCAUCGAGCAACUCAACAACUGUGUUUCCCUUCAACACUUGGAUCUGUCGGAUAAUAACAUAUCCACCAUUGGUGAUGUGACUAAACUGGUGGCAUUAAAGACGCUGUUACUCCAUGGAAACAGCAUUACAACACUUCGUGCUGUUCCUGCUCACCUACCUGCCAACUUAUCCAUUCUCUCCCUGGCAGAAAAUGAGAUACGGGAUCUUAAUGAAGCAUCUUACUUGGCCCCUCUCCGUGAACUGGAGCAGCUGUCCAUUAUGAGCAACCCUUGUGUUAUGGCAACACCCUCAUUGCCCGGUUUUGACUAUCGUCCGUAUGUCAUGAGUUGGUGCUUGAGCCUCAAGGUUCUGGAUGGCUAUGUUGUGUCACAGAAAGAAGGUCUCAAAGCCGAGUGGCUUUACAGUCAGGGGAAAGGACGUUCAUAUCGACCAGGUCAGCAUGUUCAGCUGGUUCAAUACCUGGCCACCGUUUGCCCUCUGACGUCAUCACCAGCCCUGGAGACGGCAGAAGACGCCAAACUGGAGAAGAUCCUCAAUAAGCAGAGGUUUCACCAAAGGCAGCUGUUAAAGGAGACACGGGAAGGCUGUCCGAGCCCUCCUCGCCCCACUCAGCUAGACGUGGAGGGACACAGUCCCUCACAUCCAGUCCCUCAGGGGGGAGCCAGAGAGGUGAAGCAUAUCAGUGCACCGACCCCACCUGCUGCUCCAUUAGUACAGGAGACCGGUAAGAGGCCGCCUUUGCCUCUAUGCGACAGUUCUGAGCCAGUUGUGCAGUUCAACACCUGGAUGAGCUGUGAUUCCUCUCACCCGCCGCCGCCGGUAGUUCGCAGUCCGCGGCUCGGAGAGGAGCACAUCUAUCUGGAGGAUGUUCAGACCGAUGAGGAGAAACUCAACGGCAGCAUGCUUUCCUCAGAGUCCACCUUUCUUCCCAUCGCGUCUGAUCUGGAGCAGACAGUACACUCUGACAGCGAGGACGAGACGGAGACAUUUGAACCUGAUUCCCUGGCUCCAAAACGGCCAGCACAGCCCAAAAGACACAACACAAACAAGACACAUCAUUCACCCCCGGUGGAUGGGCAAGAGAGCGGCCAUGUAGAGGAUGUUAUUUUGGGUGCAGCUCCAACAGCUCAGCCACUGGGCGUCGGAGUAAGCAAACCUCAAAGUGAUCCGGAAACAUCCUCUGACUUUGGGAAGGCAGAGAUGAAAGAAGCUGCCAAACAGGAAAAUGUUGGUAUGUGUGCCAGUAAAUUAAGUUUGAUGGAAGCAAACAGGGCAGCGGUCAAAAUCCAGUCAUGGUGGAGGGGACGGCACACUCGGUGUUGUCACCCCAUGGCCAAAGAGGUGCGCAGUGAAAUUCGCCUGCGCAGGAUGCAAGAGUACAUCAUCUCCCUGUGUGGACAGUUGGACAGGGUCCAGCAGCAGUUUGAGGAAGAGAGGUUACAAAGACUAGUCCAGGAGGAAGCUGUAAAGUUCCUGUGGAAACAGCUCCAGUCUAUGGAGCAGUGGAAGCAGUCUGUGGAGCAGCAGCUGGCGAGCAUUAGUCAGGCUGUCCCCCAGCCUCAGGUCUCGGCUCCAGGACUAUGUGUCGCUGCCACGCCUGUCCCAUCAAGCACGGCGAACCCACCCUCCACAGGUGCCUCGUUCCCCGACUCUGGCUUCCAGUCAACCAGUGAUCAACAGGCAGCGCAGGAGGACAGUUUCCUGAGCAGCGGGACGGCAGAUUCUCUGAAGACGGUGCGAGCCCUCAGCCCGCUUCACAGCGGCUUCACCGUAGUGGACAGUGCGGACUGCAGCCUGCUGGAGCAGUACCUCUCCUCUGUACAGCAGAGGGAAGAGGAGCUGGAGGAGGGGGUCAACGAUAGAACAGAAACACCACGGCCCGUCUCACCAGUGUCGGCCGGCAGAACAACACAGUCCCCCUCUCUCCCUCAGAAGACAGCAGACAACUAAUUGGAGGUGCAAAAAAAGACUAAUCCACUCCUGGCCUCAAAUGAGACUCCAGAACUGCUGAGUGUGUAAGUUUGCACUGACUAUUAGGAUCGUGAUGCAUUGAGAUGAGACUCAUCUGGAUUACUUUUCCUGAUCUCAUGUCGCUGUGCCCUUAGUUUCACUUGUUUAUCAAGACAACUCAUAACAGAGAUAAACUAGCUGUAAUUCGGCUUCAUGCAUUUCAAUCUGUUCUGUUUAACAUUUUCCGCUGUAUCUAAAAGAAAUGAUCGUGAUGUUGCUUCAGAAUAUGUUUCUUGAAAGCAAUCAUACAUAAUGAAAAACUGAGAUCUAUUGGUUAAAAGACCAGGUAUUGUACAUCCGCUUCUCUUUAUCAACAUCCACUGUAUUAAAUACAAUAUGUGAUAAAACCUUUAAUCAGAUCAGAAGCUGAUUGUAACCACAACAAUUAUACAUAACAACCUUACUAUCAAUCAGUCUCAUUCAAGAGCUGAACUGUUUUAUAUUUAUCGUUUCAAGUCCAGAUAACAGCAUCUAAAAAUGUAGCAUUUUAGUUUGAAAAUAUGUAAAUAAAUCUAAAAUGAUUAUUUUCCAAUUUUAUUUCAUUUCUUGUUAUUUUAAAAUAAUUACACCUUUGCUUUUCAUCCUAUCACUGGUAGGAAUGGUACAGCAUGAUACAAUAUUUACAGGCAGUUUUUAUGAAGACUUAUUCCAUAACAUGCCACAGUAUUCAAAUAUAAAAUAACAAGUUCUGUAUUCAAAGGUCCACUUAACUAUCAACCUGACGUGUAUGUAGGCUAUUUAAUGUCAUUAUCCUUGAUGUAUUGAUAUGUAAGUGGUACAAUGUUGUAAUUGAUCUAAAUGGAGCUCAUAUUAAUGAUUUUAAACCCUAACCCAGUUAAAUCUGCAAGAAUGGAUCCAAUUUGAGUGAUGCCGAGUGCAAAAGUGGUCAGGCUCCUCAUGAUCUGAAGGUGCCAUUCCCUUCAGACUUAACGUUCUGCUUUUCAUAUGAUCGGAAGGGGGCUGCUGGGGGGCAACCUGACGUUCAUGUGAUAGGAAGGUGCCUACAGAUGAUGCAACCUGCCGUUCAUGUGAUAGGAAGGUGCCUAUAGAACAUGGAUGAUGGGAACAUGGCGAUAUUCAGAAUAUAUCUGCUACAUAACUAACAAAACGAAAACUAAUUUUCCGGCUUAAUGACCUGAGUCGGAAGACGUACACACACACGUUGUUCCCAUUGCUGAGGUAGACUGCAGUGUCUCCCCUUCAGGGGGGGUAGUAGCAGGCAGUCCGCUGGUGCUCUCAGUCCGCUGCGCACCCGUUAAAAAAGUGGGAAAGGAUGCAGAUCCGUUUCAGGCUUUAUGAGAAAAUCCCUUUGUGUUCAUUUCUGAAGCCAGACAUUUAUCACUCAAUUCGAGACGCUGAGCUACUUUUAAGUUGCUGUGUUGUGGUUUCACCAAAUUCCCAAUAGAAAGUUAGAACCCAUGGUCAUGAAGAUACUCAUUUAUCAGCUUGUGCCUUUCAGAUAAAUAAACCUUCAACCAACCACUUUUUGUGCUCGACGCUACUGUAUUUUCUUGCUGUAACAUCGUUAGUGAAUAAUAGUACAAAGGGGAAUAUAUACAUACAUAUAUGAAAAUACUCAAGUCAUGUGAGGCUAUAUUUAAGGACAAGUAGUACAGAUUCUAACAUUUAUUAGAGUGUUGCCCAUAACUAAUUGUAUUUACACAAUGGACAUGUUUCACAAUGACGAAUUACCAUUACAACAAUUUAAUUUCAAACAACACAUGUAGUUAAUAUACAAACAAAACAGAAACAACUGACUAUUUAUGGAUUUAGUUUACAAUUUCACCUGUCCCGGUGCACUCAUUAUGGCAGCACCAUGCACCUUCAAAAGGUUUGAUGAAAUACAACUGGCGUUUCUCAUCCCUUAUGUUAAUGCAAUUUGUAAAACAACUAGCCGCUGGAUUGAAUAAUAAUGAUGUCUAUAAAGACUGUUCCUGGCAUUUAAAUAAGGCCCCGAAAUCAGAGUUGCCAUUCAUGUUUUGACCGACGGGGUUCGAAUCCCGAUCGAUCAUGUCAUUUUUAAAUAUAUUUUCUUAAAUACAUGUUUUCAUACGUGGUUGUGAUGUAGUGCUCACUUAUACAAUCGUGAACGCUGCAAUGGAUUUGUGAUGCGUUUUAUUUUCAGCAAUAUGUUUGUGAAUGUGCUGCUGUUAGCUGGCAGGUUGUUUGGCUUCAUACACAUACAACAAGAAACGUUGACAAGCGCACUCUUCUAAUCAUUACGUUACACUGGGUAUCUAAGUUAGUUAAUGCAACUUUUAAUAUGGGAACACCAACUCCAAAUAUUUUACUAUAAUAAGCAAUUAUUAUAGAGAUAUAAACAUAAUCGAAGCACUUUUUGUGAGGCUUCGUUUUUGACGCGUUCAACAACAACCUACGUGUCUGCGCCACAGACUGUACUGUUUACGCCGGAGGACCACAACAACAAUCUGUGAUGCUAUUGGCUGCCCUGAUUGCUGCCCAAUCGCUAGGAAAUAAAUUAAUUAUUGUUAGAAAUAUAAAACUUCACUAAAGACCUUUUCACAAUCAUUUUUAAUGUUAAAAAUAUUUGUCGAGGACCCCCCAAAAUCUAAAAAUAAAUUCUUAUAGGGGGUCCGGGACCCUCCCAGACCCCCCUCAUUUCGAACCCUGGUAAUAAUUAUUCAGAUAAAUGCGCAGCGUUUGCUGCUGUAUGUUAUUUAACAUAGAUCCUUAAUAGAUUUAGAAUAUAGAUCUUACAGAUUCUCACCAGCUGUUCAGCUUAUACUGUUUAAACAUGAUAUACUGUAAACGUACUUAGAACAGUCAUAAAUACUGUACUUUGUACAAUAAAUGCAUUUAUGUUAGUGUCACGUCAUCUGUUAGUUGUGUUUGGCUGCAUUAUUUACUAGUUUCAUAUCACAGAUGUAACAUUAGAAGUAACUAACUUGUAGGUCAAGCCCUAUUACAUUAAAUUAUAUUUUUACCCACAGAAGUGUAUGAUUCUGUAGGUCAGAAGGACUUAUUGUACUCUGUCUUCUGUUUUUAUAGAUGCCACGUUGUCCGUCUCUGGUCCUGCUGUCCUCACCAACUGGACCUUUGUAGACAGGAAGGAGACUGUUUGUGUUGGACCACAAGUGAUGGAGCAGCUUUCCACUUCCUGCUCUAUAAACACAGUUAGCAGAAGGACAUGCUGAAGGAGACAGGAACUACAAUACUCUGUAUUCAACAUGGAAUGGC